AUGAUCAGCUGGACCAUCUUCCUCUGUGCCUUGACUCCUGCUCUCUGCUGUGAUUGGCUCAGACACUACAAUCACUAUAGCAAGGUCACUCUGACACUCCUUCAACACAUGGGAGGUCAGCUGACUGAAGACGAGAGUCCAGUUUCCUUUCCAUUCACACUUUACACAGAAGUACGCCACCAACAGGUAGAUUCUCAGUUGAUUUUCAUCAGAGACAGUUUGUCAAGGAUCUCUGACCUCUAUCGCCAUGACAACCGCUCCUCCAUUACCUGGGAUACGGACAUGACUCAUCACUUCCUGGUCAACCUCCACCGACUGAAAGAAGAACUGAACACAUGUGUGUUGACUAAGAAACACUUAAACAGACCACUGAGGAGAUACUACAGGAGGCUACUCAGAAGAACUGUGUACCGCACUGGUGGUACUACUGCAUCAUGGGAACUCAUCAGGAAAGAAACAGAACUUCAUCUUCACCAGUUGCAGCUUCUCGUCGCGUCCAUCAUAAAUUCUGCUGCCAACAGGAGGCGCUCUACACUUGGACAAUAA